AUGUCAUUGCAAGACAUCAAACACAUUGCGCUCGUCCUCUCCGGCAAAGGCGGCGUCGGCAAAUCCAGCGUAACGACCCAACUCGCCUUGUCCCUCUCACUGCAAGGCCACUCGGUAGGAGUUCUCGACGUCGAUCUCACAGGCCCGUCGAUUCCACGUUUCUUUGGCAUUGAGAACUCGAAAGUCACGCAGGCUCCGGGAGGAUGGCUCCCAGUGCCUAUCCAUGAAGGCCAGGACAAUGAAGAGCAAGCGAAUGGACAUAGCAAGAAGUUGGGCAAGCUGAGCUGCAUGUCUUUGGGGUUUCUGCUGGCCAACAGAGGAGAUGCUGUUGUUUGGAGAGGCCCCAAGAAGACGGCUAUGAUCAGGCAAUUUCUCUCGGACGUGCAGUGGGGUUCUUUGGAUUACCUGCUAAUCGACACGCCUCCUGGGACAAGCGAUGAGCAUAUAUCACUGGUGGAAACAUUGCUCAAGUCUGCGACGCCUGAACAAUUGGCUGGUGCAGUAGUAGUCACAACACCACAGGCUAUCAGUGUCAGCGAUGUCAAGAAGGAGAUUAACUUUUGCAAGAAGACGAAUGUCCGCGUCCUGGGCGUCAUUGAGAACAUGGCUGGAUUCGUGUGCCCGAACUGCUCGGAGUGCACGAACAUCUUCUCGAAGGGAGGUGGUCGAGUCAUGGCUCAAGAGUUUGCUGUCCCGUUCCUUGGAAGCAUUCCCAUCGAUCCAAUGUUCAUUCGACUUAUCGAAGAAGGCAAGCGUCCGCGAUAUCCCGAAGGAACGAUCAUCGAAGGUCAAGACAUGCAGACCAUCACCAACACGGACGACGAAGACAUCAGCGGGCUUUUGGUUGAAAAGUAUACUGCUUGCUCGCUUUGGCCCCUCUUCAAUGGCAUCACGAAAGAGCUUACUACGGAAAUCGAACGAUGA